CUUAACCAGGUCAUGCCAGGUGAUUAAAAAAACCAACACAUCUACCACUCACCCUCCUCGCAGUUCCAAGCCAAACACCAUAUAAACACCCUUGUCGAGGCAGAGGCACAGGCAGAGGCAUAGACCCGCCGCACACAAUGUCCGACUCGAAAAUGCUGCAUGGCCUCGAAGUUGCCAAACACGCCUCCCGCAACUCCUGCUGGGUCAUCGUAAACGGCCGCGUGUACGACGUGACCGACUAUCUCGACAAACACCCCGGCGGCUCACAAAUCCUGCUGCAAUACGGCGGCAAAGACGCGACCUCGAUCUACGAGCCCAACCACCCACGCGGCACGAUAGAAAAGGGCCUCCCGCAAUCCAAACACCUCGGCCCCGUGGACCCAGCGACGAUCGCCACCAUCAAGAAACCCCAAGUGACCCGCGACCUGGACAAGACGGCGCGCAUCCCGCUGACGCACUGCGUUAACCUCGACGACAUCGAGCGCGCCGCCGAGCGCAUCAUCCCGCACGCAGCAUGGGUCUACUUCCACUCCGCCGCCGACGACUUACGCUCGCUCGCCAACAACAAAGACGACUGGAAGAAAAUCACGCUGCGACCACGUAUCAUGCGCAACGUACGGCGCGUCAACAUGCAGCGCACCAUGCUGGGCCAAAAGUCCCGGCUACCAUUCUUCAUCGCGCCCGCCGCGCGCGCCAAACUGGUCCAUGACGACGGCGAACUGUGUCUUGCUCGCGGCGCUGCGAGGGCCGGCAUCCCCUACUGUCCGAGCACCCAUUCGACCGUGCCGCACGACGAGAUCGCGAAAGUGUUUAACGCCACGACGACGAGCACAGACUCGGGCUCGAACGAGUGCGGCGGAGUGCUGUGGUUCCAACUCUACGUCGCACACGAAAAGUCACGAACAUUAGAACUCAUCAAAAUCGCCCGGGAUAACGGGUACAAAGCGCUCGUCAUCACCGUGGAUUCGCCCGUCGUCGGAAAGCGAGAAGAGGACGAGCGGUACCGAGCCGAACUCGCCACUGCCUCUGGUGAUGACACGGUACUGACGGAAUGGUACCGACCCCAGACCUCGGACGACGGGCCUCCGCUACGUGGCCACCACUCGUCGACACUGAACUGGGAUGAUCUGCCGUGGAUACGCGAGGCGUGGGGGAAAGACACCGGCCCUAUCGUCUUGAAGGGCAUCCAAUGUGCCGAGGACGCCGCGCUGGCAUUUGAGCACGGCGUCGAAGGCAUCUAUCUCAGUAACCACGGCGGACGGCAAGUCGACGAUGCUCCGAGUGGAAUCCGUACGCUGCUUGAGAUUCGCCGCUUCUAUCCCCAUCUGAUCGGAAAGAUGGAGAUUUUCCUAGACGGCUGGGUGCGGCGCGGCACAGACAUCAUCAAGGCGCUAUGUCUGGGCGCCACGGGUGUCUCCUUAGGCCGACCCUUCAUGUACUCUGUCGCGUACGGCGACGAGGGCGUCAUGAAAGUUAUACAACUCUUGAGCGAGGAGAUCGAGACGUCGAUGAGGAAUAUGGGUGUCAACAGUCUGGAUCAGCUGAAUCCCUCAUACGUUAACAGCAAGAUCCUAGAAAUGGAACUGCCGGAUCACCUUAGGUUUGGAGCACAAUGGCCGGAGCUCAAACCGAAAUUAUAGAUUACGACUCUGAUAGAAUAUACAACGCCUGGGACCUGGGGAUUCUGGGGCCAUUGCUGUUGCACCGGGUUCCAUAGAAGGAUGGUCGAAAUCGAAUAUAAUAAUGACACCCCCUGAUCUACCAGCCUUACUUACGCAAGGGAGACAUUAUGGCCGCAGCGACCAGUAGUGAAGCUUCUAUUCUAUACAUU